AUGAACCAGAUAAAUUAUUUGAGUUUCUAGUUUGAAAACAAAUUCAAUUUUUUUUUUAAAUUAAACUAAAUACAAAAAGAUAUUAUUCGAGUAUAUUCAAAUAACAAAUAUAAGGUAAUAUAUUUAUUUUCAUUAUAGUCUGGAAUUGCCAAGAGUGCAAAAGGUGUAAAGUUUGGAUUUGGUAAAAAUAAGAAAGCUCUACAAUUUAGGUUUUUGAAGGCUGGACUUUUAGUAAAUAUUUAUGAAAAUUUAGUUCCUUGUUAGUCGUAUUCAUCGAAAUUCAAAGCAAAGUAUAUCUGCUAAAACAGAGUAGGGAUUACAAGCAGUUUUCACAUCAACAAUUUUGGAAUAUUUAACAGCAGAAGUGCUAGAGUUAAAUUAUAAUAAGGGGAAAUGA